UUUUCUUUUUUUCAAAAAAAUGAUACAAUCAUUUUGUAUUCAAGCUUCAGCUAUACAAUUGCCACCCAUUAACUCUCAUUCCUCCAGAAAUGCCACAGUGACUGAUAGCUUUGCAAUUGAUGCUAAAAAUAUUAGCUAUUCAGCUGUGUCCAGACAAGGGAAAGUUCUACCAAUUCUUAAAGAUUGUUCAUUAAGAGUUCCUUCUGGACAGUUUUGGAUGCUUUUAGGACCUAAUGGUUGUGGAAAAUCAACCCUUUUAAAGAUAUUAGCAGGUCUAUUGAGUCCAGAUGAUGGGUUCUUGCAUGUGGAGAGGCCAAGGAGUUUUGUGUAUCAGAACCCUGAUCAUCAGGUCGUGAUGCCUACAGUGGAAGCUGAUGUCGCUUUUGGUCUUUGUAAAUUGAACUUAACACCAGAUGAGAUUAGGACUAGGGUGGCAAAAGCUUUGGAUGCGGUCGGGAUGUAUGAAUAUUUGAAAAAACCAGUUCACACUCUUAGUGGUGGUCAGAAACAAAGGGUCGCUACUGCUGGUGCUUUGGCAGAGGCUUGCAAAGUUUUGUUACUUGAUGAACUGACGACUUUUUUGGAUGAAACUGAUCAGAUCGGAGUGAUCAAAGCGAUGAGGAACUCCAUUAAUACAUCUAAAGGAAUUACAGCAUUGUGGGUGACGCAUCGCUUGGAAGAGCUCGAGUUUGCAGAUGGUGCAGUGUAUAUGGAAGAUGGAAAAAUCGUCCGACAAGGUGAUGCAAUUAGUAUAAGGAAAUUCAUUGAAGAUAAACUGGCAUCUUAUGUUAACCAAAUAAACUUGUAACCACUUUUUCCUCAAGGAAUCCCGUGCGUGCUGAGGCGGAUCCAGAAUUUGAACAUUAUACGUUCAUGUUCAGGAUUUUACCCCAUCAUAUUUGAUUAUACGGUCAAAAUUUAUUAUUCAUAUGUAUUUAGUGAAUUUUUUAAUAUACAUACAAUGUUCAAGUCAAAGCUACUGCAUUCAGAUGAAUUUGUAAGCCAAAGUUAAUUGACACAUGAUUUAUAUAGUUGACUAUCUAUAUUGAAUUUGAUAUGAUCAAUUGAAAACCUUAGUGAA